CUGACACCGGAAGAACUUUAUUCAAUUGGUAUCGCGCAACUGCAGGCGUUAGCGGCCAGUGUUUUGUUUUUUUGUUUAAAAAUUCUCUCAGACGGCGAAUUUAUUAGAAUCAAAAACAGAGUUACGUGUAAUUUAUACCAGAGUCUCCAAAAGGAGGAGGUCUAUUUUGUUAAUACCAGAUUCCAGGUUUUUAAGACUUGUCGCUGUACAAGAUGAGUGGUGAUUCAGAUGCAAACAAAGAGUUUAUGGAUCAGCUGCGGAUGCAGGAGCUCUAUGGUCAGAGGAAUGAAGAUGGUUCUGACCCAUACACCUACGUUGACCCAGAGGAUGGCACUGUGUAUGACUGGGACCAUGAAAAGAAGGCCUGGUUCCCUAAAAUCACAGAGGACUUUAUUGCAGCCUACCAGGCCAACUAUGGUUUCACUCAGGAAGGGAAUCCAGACGCAAACAAUCCUGUAGCCAGUGGCGUCGACCCAGCACCCCCUGAACCAGUCAGCAAACCUCCAGAAAAGGAGAAACCAGCAGAGGUCACCCAAAACCUGAACCCAGACCAGAGAGAGGCUCCAGCUAAAGAAGUGAAGCAGAAAGGGGAAAAGAGGAAAGCAUCAGAGCCAGGAUGGUUUGAUAUUGACGAUAACAAAAACACAAAUGUCUAUGUAUCAGGCCUGCCCCCUGAUAUUGGUACUGAGGAGUUUGCUGAGCUCAUGUCAAAAUGUGGCAUUGUGAUGCGGGACCCCAUCACAGAGGAGUACAAAGUCAAACUCUACAAAGACAAAGAAGGCAAUCUGAAGGGAGAUGGUCUUUGCUGCUAUCUAAAGAAAGAGUCUGUGGCACUCGCUAUGCGUCUGAUUGAUGAGUCAGAGAUCCGCGGUUAUAAACUCCAUGUGGAAGCAGCACGUUUUGAGCUAAAGGGUCAGUACGAUGCCAGCAAAAAGAGGAAGAAGAACAAAGAUUAUAAGAAGAAACUGCAACAGCAACAGAAACAGUUGGACUGGAGGCCCGAAAAGCAAGGAGAAGCGAGGAAGCGGUAUGAGAAAGUUGUCAUCAUCAGGAACAUGUUCCAUCCCAGUGACUUUGAGGAGGAUCCUCUGGUGCUGAAUGAAUAUCGUGAUGAUCUGAGGACAGAGUGUGAGAAGUUUGGGGAGGUGAAGAAGGUGAUCAUCUUUGAUAGACACCCCGAUGGUGUGGCAUCAGUGGCCUUUAAAGAGCCAGAGCAGGCUGAUGGGUGUAUCCAGUCAUUUAAUGGACGCUGGUUUGGAGGGAGGCAGCUUUCUGCUCAGCUCUGGGAUGGAACGACUGACUAUCAGGUCGAGGAGACGACGCGGGAGCGGGAAGAGCGGCUGAAGGGUUGGUCAUCGUUCCUGGAGGGAAGCGAACAAGGUCAACAGGGCAACGCUGCUGCUGCUGCUGCUGCUGCUGCUGCUGCUGCUGUUGUGAAGCCAGCAGAGGGCACCUCCACUACACAAACCACAGAACCCAGUGGUGCCACAGAGCCUGAGCAGAGCCUGGCAACAGAACCACAGCCCUCACCAGAACAGGAAGUGGACUCUACUGACAGCAGCCUGGCAGGAAGUGAUGAGGAGGAGGAAGCCUAGAUGCAUAGAUUUACACCUUUGGUUACUAUGGUAACCUGUUUGGACAAUCCUGCUUAAGGGUGAACUGCUGUGAAUGUUAACACUGAGCAGGAGAGGAAGAGCAAUGUUUGUAAUUAACAAAAAUAAAAUUAUGUUUUUGACACAUCAUCAUUUCCAGAUUUGGUUUAUAUUGAAUGUACAUCAUUAUUUUUAUGAAGAACAUGAAAAUAGACCUUUUCCCAUCAUUUAAAUUCAUGUCAUAUCAUAAACAACAAAACAGAAUUGUAAAUAAUCUUUAGUUCAGAUCUUCAGUCCAAUUACACUAAAUGUAUAAAUGUGAAUAAAUAGCUUUGUGUGUUUCUUCUCAGAUUAUCAUAGGUCUUUGAAGCAAAAUGUAUGGACAAACACCAGCUAAAUAUAUUUAACACCUUCCAUCCAUUUUUGUGCUCUGCAGUGCUGUGUGUCACUCUACUUUGUGUUCAGAGUGAUGUUUCUGUUGUCUUGAGUUUGUUUUCCUUUUGUUAAUCUUGACAUUUUAGUC